AUGCAAUCCGCUUCCUCAGAUUCCACAACCCAACCCUUGGAAUCUGGAGAACCAAAGGCAAAAGAGCAACCACGGCCACAGCAACUGUCCGACAAGGCUUUGAAAAACAGCACCAAUGACUUCGGCCAUUUUGCUAGCUCGACCCUGCGUCUCUCGCUGUGGCAACUGUAUCAAAAAGGCAAAUAUACCGAUCUCACGGUGACGUGUUGGGGUCGGUCGUUCCAAGUCCACAAGGUUGUGGUAUGCGCUCAGUCUUCGUUCUUUGAUGCAGCGUGUGGGGGGCAUUUCAAGGAGUCGGUUGAGAAUAGAAUAGAUCUGCCAGAUGAAGAACCAGACAUGGUAGAGCGCCUGAUUCAGUUUUUGUAUACCGGGAAUUACGUCGAUGGUGAAUACUUCGACGAGUUACCCUCUAUCCCAGCCCUGAUGGAGCCAGACGACAUCGAAGAAGAGCUUGGGGAGAGAUUUGACGGUUUCCUUAACAUCCUUUUCGAUGGCUCCACCCACAACUCAGAUUAUGACCCUGACGAAGAGUCAAGUACCGAAGAACACCCCACCGAGCCCCUUGAAUAUGACUCCGAGUGUAGUGAUCACGCUUCGGAGUUCAGUCCCAGCGAGAACUCGUAUCAGGAAGACUGCCCAAUUCAACUCUUUACCUCACUGCGCAUGUACGUCAUUGGCGAUAAAUACGACAUCCCGGCCCUACAACUGCUUGCUAAGAAGCGGUUUACUCAAACUACUGCAUGCCACUGGACAACAUAUGAUGAUUUUCCAGCGAUCUUGGAUGAAUUGUUCAUGACGACUAGGACGACUGAUCCGCUAAGGCGGCUGGUUUGCACACUGAUGGAACGCGAUUAUGCUACAAACCCGGCUAUGAGAAUCAAGAUCCGGCCUAUAGUUGAGAAGCAUGGGGAUUUGGCUCUGAAAAUGCUGGAUUGUAUGAUGGCACGUAUGGAUGCAAGGCUGGCUUCCUUUUGCGAGGUAGAGGACAAAAAGGCUCUAUUCCAUGCUACUUUCUGA